UUAACGACGGUACAAAAUAACAACUGUCACACUGGUGUCUGUGUAUGAAAAAAAAUAGAAAAAACUUAUAGCAAGACCACCUUUUUUGUCCAGUAGGAUAAGCAUUCAAAAUGGAGGAGCUUUCAAGCCAUCUUGGCUUAUAUGCUAAGAAGAAGAAGGUAAAGCCCGGCAGUGCAAUUUCUGCUGUUGGAAGUUCGUCUUCUGCAUCGUCAAGACGUGGUAAAACCAAAAACUACAGAGUUGUCAGUAACACAUCCCAGGUAGAUGAGUCUUUAUUUGGCCAGCCUAAUCAUGUUACAAAAAGACAAGAAAUGGCAAACAACAAAAAUAACCAGGAAACAACAAUUGAAGACAUCGCAAGAGAAAGAAGUGCUAAAAGGAACAAUAGAAAUAGCAAGAAAAAUAAAGAAACAGUUCAAGUUAUCACAAAGGACCUUAUAAGAAAUUUAAUUGUUCCUACAGAAGAUCCUUCUGGAAACUCAGUCAUACUGCCACGCUAUGAGUUCUUCAGAAUUUGUCAAAACUCAAAAGUUAUCACAAAAGAAGAGCGUGAGAUGAGAGAACAAAGAAUGAAAGAAGAAAAAGAAAGAGCUAUGGAGGAAAGUUCAAAUCGUAAGAACCAGAUGAAAGCAUUAGACUUAGAUCGUCGUCAUAAUGAGAAACUAAAUGAUCUGGAAUCAGAGGCAAAGGAAAAUGCUGAGCAUCUAUUGACCAGAGCAAAUGAGAUGAGGCAAGAACAAGAAGAUGAGAUUAAACAUUUAAAUGAAUUGAUUCUCAAUGCUAAAUGUCAUGCCAUCAGAGAUGCUCAGAUCCUGGAGAAAGGUCAUGUACGAAGUGAGAUGGAUGAAGAAGAGAAACGUUUAGAUAUAAUGAUGGAGGUAGACAGACAGAAUGCUAUCAAAAUACAAGAAGAAAUUGAGAAGAAACGAAAGGAAGAAAGACUCAUUGGUGCUGCCAAGCUUCAAUUCCAGAUCAGUGAAAAUGAGCAAGAAAGAUUGUUUGAACUUGAGCGUAAAGAUCAGGAAAAUAUACAAAUGCAGAGACAGGUAGAGAAAAUGAUGGAUGAAGAUAGGGAGUCCCUGGAGAAGAAGAAGCAAGAGCAGGAAGUUUUAAGGCAUGAUUUGAACAAGGCUAAUGAUGAGAUUUUGGCUCGACGAGAAAUCAAGAAACAACAAGAGAAGGCGGAGGAAUUGAAGGUUAUAGAAUACAUGAAACAGAAAGCUGAAAGAGAAGCAGCAUUUGAGAAAGAGCAGGAGAGAAUUAGAAUACAGAAGGAGAAGGAAACUGCCAGGCUUCGUGCUUUACAGGAACGCGCUCGUGAUGAACAGGCUGAUAGGGAUGCCUUACGCGCCAAGCGUGCCCAGGAACAAGCGGAGCGUGAAUGGAGGAAGAAAGAAGCAGAGGAAGCCAAGAAGAAGGCUGUGACUGAAGCUAUGUUGAUUGACGCUCGUAAAAACCAGAUGCAACAGAAAGAGCAUUACCUCGCUGUACAGGCACAACGAGAGAGGAACGAAUUUGAGAGAGUACUUAGGGCUCAAAAAGAAUUGGUUGAGAAGGAAAGGCGAGAGGACAUUGAGGCCAGGAAGAAGCGUCUGGUACAUGCCGAUGAUGUACGUACACAGAUCCGAGAGAAGGAACAAGUUCGCAUCUCAGAAAGGAAUGCCUUCUUUGAGGAAGGUGUCAAACUGGACGAAGAGGCUAGACAAAGACGAGCAAAACUUGAGGAAGUUAAGAAAAAGAAAUUAGAAAUGCUCAGAGCGGCCGGUAUUCCAGAUAAAUAUGUAACACAUGUGGCACACAAAGUCAAUGUGCAUGCAUGAAAACACCUCUAAAACACAUUACAAGACAUGCCGGAAUUCCUGAGAAAUAUCUUAGUCAGGUUGAAAGAAAGGUUGCCGCCCCUCAACACAUCAGUACAUGAGGAUUUUAUCAUUGUUACAUCAGGAACAUUUUUAUAUACGCUACAUUCUAUGUCUGUGAUAAUCAUUUUGUGUCUACAAUUUUAUAUGGAAACAAAAUACAGUUUUAAUUGAGAAAGAUAUAAAAGAAUGUUGUAAAUUUUUAUUUCUUUCUCCUUUCGAUCAUUGUUAUAUAAUUUCUCAUCGACUAUUGAGAAAAAAUAUAACAAAUGUAAUAUUGGAAUAUCCAUUAUUUUAAUAUGCAUACAUAUUAUGAAAAUGACCUUGUUUAAAGUUUAUCUUUUUAUCUUAAAGUGUGCUUUUCUGCAGUAUAGUUGUAUCAAUUAUUUUCAUCUUUGAGAAUAGCAUACAUGAGUGACUCCUUUCCAAACACAUUAAAAAAAAUAUUGGAUUGUUAUAUCCCUAUGACGUAAAUUUAAGGUUUUGAUACCCCUUGAAAGUUAUUUAUACAAUUUUGUGUGAUAUAUUCUUUUUAUUAUGUAUGCAUUUGUUAUGGCACUGAUUUUUAAAGUCAAACUCUAUAAGUGACAAUAUAUAGGCACAAAUAGUUCUCUUUUACAUUGCAUUUUAGAUCAUAAUUAUGGCUGUAGUAACAAGAUUUGCCUCCCUUUUGAUUAAUUUUUGUUUAGGAAAAGAGCAAGAGUUGUUUUCCUUUUCUUGCAUCAUAUAGUGAAAGUAAAACAUUAUUUACUUCCCUUUAUAUAUAAGUAAAUUUUUGAAAAAAGGGGAGGUAACUGUGACUGAAAAACUUUUAUUUUCUUGACAUGAACAUUCAAAAAGACUGAUGCUAACCAUUUCAUAUACUUAAAAAUCAUCUUUGAAUGCAUUUCUUUGUGUUCUAUUAUUAUUACACAUUAUUAUUGUACAUAUACACAUAUUUAAAGCUUUCUUGAUGUUGUGUAAUAUCAGAACUUACAUAGAAUAACUGUAGUUCUGCUGCUAAGCAACAAAGAGACAAUUUUUUUAUUGAACAGUUGUUUAAUUGUUUUAUUGUUUGUUAUGAGUGAGACAGUAUUCAUAUAUAAUAUAGUUAAAUAUAGGUACAACUUGGCCCGUAUUGUAUAAAACAAAUGUAGGGUUUACUUUUAUAAUAAUUAUUUCAAGUGUUGUUUUUUUGUGAAUAUUAACCACAAUAGCAUUACCUUUUUUUAUUAUUAAAAAUACACUUUUUGGCUUUAUUAAGUAGAUCACAUAUAUUUUGCUUGGUGUUAUUUAAGUAUUUCUGUUUAAAGUAUUAAUUUGAAAGGGAAGUGAUGUCACAGACUGCCAACAUCCUAGCACCAUAUUAAUA